UGAUGAUCAGUGUAGCCCCAGCAGUGCCACAUGUCAGUGUCCAUCAGUGCCUUGUGCCAGUGCCCAUCUGUGCCACAUCAAUGCCACUUAUCAGUGCCCAUCUGAGCUGCCUUUCAGUGUCACCCAUCAGUGCCAAUCAGUGCCACCUAUCAAUGCCAAUCAGUGCCACCUAUCAGUGCCAGUCAGUGCCACCUAUCAGUGCCAGUCAGUGCUGCCUAUCAGUGCGCAUCAGUGCCACCUAUCAGUGCCUGUCAGUGCUGCCUAACAGUGCCAUCAGUGCCGCCUAUCAGUGCCAGUCAGUGCCGCCUAUCAGUGCUGCCUAUCAGUGCCAUAUAUCAGUGCCAUGUAUCAGUGCUGCCUUUCAAUGCCCAUCAGUGAUGCCUGUCAAUGCCCAUCAGUGCCACCUACCAGUGCCUCCUCAUCAGUGCCACCUAUCAGUGUCCAUCAGUGCAGCCUAUCAGUGCCCAUCACUGCAGCCUCAUUAGCGCAUAUCAGUG